UAGGCUUGUGUCUCAGUGUUUGUUUUGUUUAUACCCUAUACUAAGCUAAAGUGCUUAUACAGUAUUAUAUUAUGAUUGUUUGUGAUUAUCAGAGAUUGUGAACUGGGUCCCCUCUUUGCUGAAUAAAAUCUUCUGGCGAUAACCAAAUAAAAUAUUAAAAGUGCCAUCCACAUAUAGAAGCGAUUAAAGGUGUCCACUUCUCCCUUUUUCUGAAACAAGUAGGUCAUAUUAUUUUGUUCCUCAAGGUUGGGAUGGAGAGGUGAUGACUGUCGUGAAUAAACAUGGGCAGGAAUAUAUAUGUUCUUUGCCUAGUGUUGCUCCUUUAGACUCGGACCUCAAACAUGAUGACGAUAUAUUUGAUCAGUUGGUGGAUAUUUCUGUUCUUCUGAAACCUAUGGAGACAGCCCCCUGCCUUAUUAAAACUGUUGACUGGUGGACAUACGAAUUUUGCUAUGGUUCAGUAAUCAAGCAGUACCACUUGGAAGACAAUAAAGCCACUGGUCCCAUAAUUAUUUUGGGCAAAUAUGAAUCAGAAUAUAACUGGAGGAACAGCUCAGAAACCAAGAACCGUCUUCAGAGGUUUCACAGUCAAUUUUACGUGAAUGGAACAAAAUGUGAUCUCACAACAGAGCCCAGACGUACUGAAGUUAGAUUUCAUUGUGAAGAUGGUGUUGGGGAUUAUAUCCAGAGAGUAGAUGAGCCAGAGUCUUGUCGAUAUGUUGUUACUGUAGCAACUACUCGAGUGUGUCACCACCCAUACUUGCGACUUCAGUCUGUACUUAACGCCUCACACCAUUACAUGUGCUCCAGCUCUCACAUAUGAGCAGUAUCAUAAAUAUCUCUCCUACCAGAACAAAAAAAUUAAAGAAGAACAGAAAUUGAAAGAAAAGUGGAUUAAACAGAAUGCUGAGAUUCUUCAAGAAACAGCAUCUGAGGAAAGCCAGUCCAUUCUUCAACCCAUCUCUACUGAAGCAGAUGACGAUGAUGAGGAACUCAAAAUGAAUAUAAAAAUUUUCCGACUCUCUCCAGUUAAAAAACAAAAAAAUCAGCAAUCUACUGAAGUUAAGGCAGAUAUAAUGGAGGUUGAAACACAAAUAACACUUGAAGAAAGUGAUACUCACUUGAAAGUGGAGGAAAUAAAAUUAUCAACUGGAAUUGAUGAGAUAUCAAAAAGUGAAUACGACUCACAAGAUAUUGAAGAGGUCACUAGCAGCAAGAGAAAGGAGAAAAAAGAACAACAAAGAAAAUUUAGUUGAUGUAGAAAUUGAGGAUGAGGAAAGCCUUAUUCAUGACUUACAAGCUCAGAAGCUUCUUCAGCUUUUAGAUGAGAGUGAGAAUUAUAGAGAUACUACAGAUGAAUCAUCUACAAAGAAAGAAAGCAGUGAUGUAGAACAAGAGAUGUCAGAGCCGUAUCUAACAGAGGUAGAUGAAUUGGAAGAGGAGGAGGAGGAUGAUAGUGAUGAUGAUGAUGAUGAUGACGAUGAUGAUGUAGAGGAAUUAGAGGCAAUGAGACAAGCAUCAAAAUCAACAAAACGAGAUCAUUUUUCAAAGCUCCGGCGACGACUGAGGCAACUUGGGAAAAUGUUUAUGAAUCAGGAAGUAGAUGGUGAAAGGAAAGGAGAAAAGAAUAAAAUUGAAGAGCUUCAGCACAUGGUUGACUCUCUUAAAGAUGGGCAUAUCAAACAGUUGGAGCAAGAGGUUAAAGAAUGGACAAAGAAGUUACUAAGUAAGGAUAUAUUCCUUGAAAUGGAUGAAGAGGAUCUGGAGGAGGAAGAGCAGAGGUUAGGGUCAGCCCUUUCAUCUUUGAUGGAUGCUCUUGAUGAGGCUGAGAACAAGUUGUCCACUGCUAUGAAAGGGAUGGAAACACUGGGUGAAUUUCUUGACAGUCGACUAAAAGAAAUGGAAAGCUCAGCAGAUGAGAGUCAAGAUUCUGCUUCAGAGGAGCCCACCCAACAGGAUGGGGUUGACAGGGACUCCCAGGACCCCAUAGAAGGGAUGUCCCAGGCCCCACAGAAUCCAGAGGAUCCUGUAGAAGAGACCAGUUCUAUGCAGUCAAAGAAGAAUGUUGACAAAGUAAGUGGCAGCAGUCGACAAUUGCGUAUUGUGAAGCACAAAAUGGAAGAUGAAUCUCAUAAGACAAAAUUGGAGCAGAAAAUCAAAGAUCGACUUCAAAAACUAGGCCUUGAGAAAAUUGGCAGAAAAUUUGAGGUGAAGAUUUUAACCCCAAAUUCCCUUGAAGAUGAAGAUACAAACAACCCUCUGCUGUCCCAAGAAGAAACUGAGGCCUUCCAAAAUAUGAUUGUCAAUCUUUUGAGUGCAAAUGCAGAAGAAUUAGAGGAAAGAGAAAACCACAGAAAAUUAGAAAAAAAUUAUGGCUUCAAAUGGGAUGAUAGUCAGUUUGCAGAGGAUGAAGAGGAGUAAAGCUUGCAACUAUGGUUAUCUUAAGGUUGAGCUAUUGUAUUGUUUAAGAAUAAUAGUAUGAAAACCUGUAUAAUAAUUAUUCAGGAUUUGAAAUGCAGCAGUUAAUAGAUAAUGGUCCUAUUAAUGUGUGAUGUAUGAUAGAUAAUGUAAAUAAGAUCACAUUGUUUGAUAAGAAUAUACCAUAUGUCAGAGCAACUUCCAAAAUGUUCCUUUUAUUGAAUGUUUUCAUUUUGUGGAUUUUAGAAUUGUUUUAAUGCAGUAUUGCUCUUUAGGUUGCUGUGACAUAUUUGCAUGGCUGCUUUCAUUUUGUUGUACAUGUUUGAAAGCAAAAGUCCCAUAUCUUAAACAGGAACUUUGACUUGCCUGCUCAGAAUACCAACAAAAUUGAACUACAUUAAUAUAUAAAUAUACCUGUAUACCACCUCUUUCAUAAGAAUAAGAAAGAUUAAUUCUUUUAUACUAUUUAUAUCUGUUUGAAUUUGUGUAAUUAUUUUGCACAGUGGACUAAUAUAUUAUCAAAUGACAACACAUCAUUACAAAUAACAAGAAAAAUAUUAACUAAGUAAGAGCUAUUUACAAGAACUGUGAUAACUGGCUCUUGGUACAUAUCAUGAUAUCAUGAACUAAAAAGAUAAUGUGAUUAUCUCCUGGAUAAAGUGUUUCCUUUUAUUAAUGCACAUACUUGUCAAACAUCGGUGUUUUUACACUCAGACAUUUCAAAUGAUUUGCUUGUGCAUGUAAGAAAAAAAGGAGUUAAAAGCAAGGUAGUCAGAUACAGUAGUUUUAAUGCGAUUCACAUCAUUAAUAUCUUUUCAGACAUGAAGUUAUUAUACUGUAUUUAUAGAAUUGUAUCCAAGUUAAAAAAAUUUAAGUUGAUCUGGUCAGCAUCAACAACUGAUUACCUCACUAAUUACUUUCCAUCUUUAAGAAUGUGAAAAUAUCACUGAAGAAACAUUCCAAUGAUGGAAAUGCCAGUUAUACACCUUAAUUAGCAUUGUAUUUUGGGGGGGCAUUUAAUUAUGGAUGAUUUCAAAAGAAAAGUAUACAAAUAAUUUAU